AUGACCAAACGCACCCAGCGGCAUGCGUGUGAUCGCUGCCAUGGCCAGAAGCUCCGUUGCGUCCAUACCGACAGUGGCCCGUGUCUACGGUGCUCUAGAGCCAAAGCCACCUGCAGCUGGAGCCAGUCGUUGCGGUAUCGCAAAUCGCCGGUCGACUCGCCGCGGAGUAGUAAUCAGCGGAGGAAGCUGAUGGAAUUGCAAGAGCCGAGCAGCAUGGGCGAUCCAGCAAACAGUUUGGCCCCGUUUCUUUACCUUUAUAGUCCCUGUCCAAACGGUGUUGAAUUGUCACUGAUAACGAGCUACCUUGCAGACGAACGUCCCGUUCCAUCGCCCACUAAUCAGAUUAGCGAUAGCUCAUUCAGUUUUCUACUAGAUCAGUUGCAUUCCUCCAACAUGCCUGUCGAUUUGGAAUUGGGAAUGCUUCAGGCCGAAACGGCGCCCGCUUCAAGCUGGAUUCCGCCUGGUGCUCUGAAUCGCUAUCCUUCGCCUACGUCACAAGAAUCAAGAGAGUAUCACUAUCAUGCUCAGCCAAAUAGCGGAGCGACUACGGAUGGGGCCAACGGUUCUCCAAAUUGGUUAGGGAUGACCGCCGGCGGUUGCCCGACUAACGCAAUAGAGCAAGCAAACUGGCAGCAGGUAUUUAAUAGAGAAUGGGCUUUAUUAUCCUCCAACGACGCCGUAGCCCCGAGCAACUGGUCUCCGGCAUCAACAGGGAGCCACUCUGCAGACGAUGGUUCCGAGAAUCGGUGUGCAUUGGGCAUGGUUCAACAGUUGUCGGAACUUAAUGUUGAACUUUACGCCCACGAGAUGACAGUGCCGAAACCGCCGAUGUCCGUUUCGGAGCCUCUCAGCUGGAAGGACAAGGACUUUGCUAUUGAUCGUACUUUCCACCUUUCCCAACGAUUUAUUGAGGUUCUCAACCGACAGUAUCCCCGCUACUUAGAGACGGCCCGCUUGAGCGGAUCGGAGACUGCUACGUCGGAUGUGGGACUCUCAGGUGCGUUUGGACUCGACCAGGGUUCGUGUCUUCUGACCCUCUCGUGCUAUCUCCGACUCGUCAAGACAUACGAUAAUAUUUUCGGAAAUAUGCAAGCGUGCUUGGAUCGCUCGUCGGUGACGCCCCGAGGGGAUUAUGUCAAUCUGCCUGGCGUCCAGGUCGGCUCCUUCUCGCUUCCGCAUUCCUCCGCCCUCCAGAUCGUGCUCAUUCUACAACUGGCCAGACACCUCCUGACCCGAAUGGGCGAGGUUGUCAAAGCGGCGGGUCUCGAUGGACAGAACCAGCGAAAGGCCGACAAAGAUACAGAGAACAUGGUGUUGACUGACGGAACGGGAGACUCUUUACUAUCUGGUGCAGUCAACACCGUUCAGUCCCAAGAAUGUUUUCUGAUGAAUCGAAUAACCAAGUUACGGAAUACCCUCAUUGCACUUAAUAUCCUGUGA